GAACUUUGUAACAAUCAAACAAAGGCAUAGAGCCAUAUGUCACAACGGCGCAGCGGGUAAGCAUUGUGGACCACAUUCCAUUAUCUUCUUAUCACUCUGUCACAGAAUAGAGUCGCACACGUUGAUUCUGUGGCAUGGGGAUUUGAAAGGACGCAUGAUGGUCAGAUUGUCUGAUGCCUGACUGUCAAAGGUGAUGACACAAGUCAAACUGGACGGACCAGUCAGUGACAUCAUGUAUCCUCUGCUGUCCUGUCACGUUCACUGAUCUACAGCAAGUCUAUAAGAUGAAGCACUGAUCUGCAAACCCAUCACUUGACUGAACUCUGCUCCGCUUCCACAUAGGGCAGUAAGAAGCUGAAGUCAUGACUGAAAAUAACACCGUGACCCAACCCAGGCCCUUCAUCAUGUCUGCUGCAACCAACCUCAGAAAUCUGCGAUUGCUUCCAAGACCUGCCCGUGUGGUACAAUUUGCAAUGACUGCGUGUGCGCCUGCUGCUGGGGGACGUGCACCUGGUGUCAAAUAGCAAGAGAAAUCAAAACAAGGAAGAAAACCAUAACCUUCGUUAUCAUGUACGCCUGAUAAGAGCAUAAAGGUUCAAUUCACCACAGCACCCUCAGUAUUAACACUAUCGUCAUCACUGUCAUCAGGGGUUGUCUUCAUCCUCAGUGUCACGCUAUCUGGAAUGUUAAUCGAUAAUUCAUGACAGAAACUAUGAUGAUUCUGGUCAGGGGGGGUUAUUAACACAGAUUAAAACAUACAUUUUAAUUGUGGAUUUUUUUUUUUUUCUGUUCUCUCAUAUGUUAGCAUGUAAAAGCUAUGUUAGGCAAUGUUAGAGAAACUAGCAAGAGGCAGAGAUUUUGUAAAACACAUUCAUUUUUGUGGCAGAGCAUUUUAUUCAUUGAUUGCUAUCGGGAUAUAAAGAGAAUUCCCACAAAUAUAACAAAUAUGAUUCUGAAAUAAAUUGCGUACCUCAGCUUUAACAUGCUAAACUAAGAUAGUGAACAUGGUAAAUAUUACCUGUUUAAUAUUAGCAUGUUAGCAUUGUCACUGUGACCAUGUUUACAUGCUGGUAUUAGCAUUAAGCUCAAAGCAACACUGUGCUUUAUACACUCUUACAGAGCUGCUAACCUUGACUGUAGAUAUUUUGUUACUAUAACUAUCUUGUAUAACUGGUUAAGUUGUAUUACAAUUAGAACAUAAUGUGAUAAUGUGAGUUGGAGGAAGUUGUACUAUGUAUUCUCUUUAACAGUGCAAUAAAACCCUUAUACCUCAAAGUUUGUUUGAACACAUUGCAUCUCUGAGCGCUCUAUCCUAUGCAAACCACACAUGUAAAUCUGCCGAGGUUAAAUCAUGCCUUGAAGUAUUAAAUGCCAGCUUUUGCUCCGUGUGAUCAAACCAGUGUCCACGCAGAGGUGUCAACAUCAGGCCUUCCUUAUUUGAGUGAACACCAUGGCAACAAAUGUGUUCAUCAACAAUAAUCAGCCUCAGGCUCCGAUUUUGAUCGCUGCCCAGUCUAACCAGUGGAGCACAGGCAUAUGGGGCUGCUUCGAUGAUUUAAGUGUCUGUUGCUUUGCCUCCUGGUGCUUCCCUUGGUUUGCAUGCAACACUGCCUCUGAAUUUGGAGAGUGUUUCUGUCUCCCCCUGCUGGAUGUGAUCCCAUCAUGCACUCCACCUGUUUCCAUGUCCAUGAGGGUUGCAGUGCGUCACCGCUACAAAAUCCAGGGAGAUAUGACAGGUGACUGUUUGUACUCCACUAUCUGCAACACCUGCUCCUGGUGCCAGAUUGCCAGAGAAAUCAAGCGACGUAGCCAGGUGCUCACUGUCAUCCCUGCCCAGCCUGUACAGCUGGGUGCCCAACAAUACAUGAUGACCACCCAGAUGGGGGUCGUCACUUCUCAGCCAGUUAUUUCAGCUGCUCCUCAGGGUAUCGUGACCAACGCGGUCAUGUGACUCCUGGUUCUCCAAAAAUCCUGCUGAUUUAUUUUUACUUCUUUAGAGUGUUAUCAGGCAGUCUGUACAGUACAACACAUAUAGCCCCAAACAUAACAUCUAAUCUGGAAAACCAGUCCUAAAUGGCCCAGAAUUCUCAAAGUAAUGCGUGUUUGUGUCUACAUUUAGACUUUAGAUGCAAAAGAAUUUUAUCAACUUUCCUAAUCCAGGAAUAUCAUCCUAUCUUCUCCAGCACAUGGCAUCUGCAGAGCUGCCCUAACCUGCUAGGAUUUGGCAGCAUGUGGCAAAAGAUGAGACAAACAUACACACACAUUCCAUUACGUAGGUAAUUAUAGAAUGUUAACCCGAUUUAAGAUUUUGAUUGAUUUUAAACUUCAGUGACACCAUAGACAAAACUCAAUUGGAAGUACAAAAAGACAUAAACUGCAGCAAUAGGGUAUCUUUUGCAACUCAAAGCUUUCUUUUUUUUCUUUAAAUGAAAUUGGUAACAGAUAAGGACAGACUCAAAAUAAUACUUACUAGCAUACUGUACAAUGUAUGCCUUUAUAUGGGUGUAUGUAGCUUGUUUUAAAUACAUGAUGCAAUGCUUGUGAUUUGUUUCUCUUUACCUGCCUCAGAUUGUCUCACAGCCUUUGGAAUGUAUGUAUGGCGUGUCAUAAAUAAUUUGACUUCAUGUUACUGUGAUACCUUUCUGUCUCAAACGCAAUCUUCUACUGCUUGUUGAGAGGAUGUGUAGGACGCUUCAGAAAUAGCUUCAGAAAUGUCCUGCUCUGAGGUAGGCCUAUUUUUAGUUCUAAUUCAAAAUAUCAGCACUGUUCCUAGCCGUGAUAAAUAUGGAUCCCUCAAUUGUCUUUGUCAGCUCUGAACCUAGCUACUUAUACUGUUUGGUCAGAUUACUGUUUUUGUGUUGUUUUUAACACAACUGGGCUCCUGUUCAUCAAACUGUGGCAUUUGGAAUUUUAACACAAAAGUAAAUAUCACUCAUUUCAACUCAUACUUGCAAACUACAAAUAAAAGCUAUUAUUUCUUUAAUCUUAAGAGAGGUCUAGAGGUCAAUAUGGUGUUACAUGGCUGCAGGAUGGACACAGAGGCAAGAAUUCAACUUAGAUGGUUAGAAUGAGUAGAUUAGAUUAGAUUAGAUUCAACUUUAUUGUUGUUGUGCAUGUCACUAGGUACAAAGGAACAUCAAUCUAUAAUUGUUCAUCAUGAACAAUAUGUUAUCUGAAGAAAUGUGUUUAAGUAAUUAAAUAUAAUACAAUA